GCUAAUAUAUGGAGCUAUUGGUUUCUCUGAUACCACUCUCUUUUGCUUCUAUUGGCCUACUUGUUGUCUUGUAAUCUUUAAUCGCCUGACCCAACACUGAGAGAUGUCGAAGAAUCGUGCAGCCUGGAUUUUGUCCCCCGCCAAAGCAUUCUGCAUUGGCGAUGCCCCAAGCUAUGAGCCCAAGGCUGGGGAAGUUCUGAUCAAAGCAGCUGCUGUUGCUGUGAACCCCAUUGAUUUCAAAAACCAAGAUGACGGCACCUACUCAAACCUUUAUCCCUUUAUCCUCGGGCGCAAUACUGCUGGAACGGUCGAAGAUGUUGGUAAAGGAGUGACCAAAUUUUACAAAGGUCAACGGGUUAUGGCGCAUCUCCACAGUCCAAAGACUGGAAACUAUGCAAAUUCCGCCUUUCAGCUCUAUUCACUUGCUUCCGAGCACUUUACUGCAGCAAUUCCCGACUCCGUCAGCUUUGAAAGUUCGGUUGUCUUGCCUCUAUCCAUUUCAACCGCUGCUGCCGGCCUUUAUCUUCCAGAGUUUUUGAAUCUCCCUCUCCCGUCGACUGAACCAAGGGGCUCUUCUAAUGUUCUCCUAGUUUGGGGAGGUGCAUCUUCUGUUGGUUCAACAGCUAUUCAACUUGCGUCUGCGUCAGGCUUAACGGUGGUGGCCACAGCCUCAUCUACUAAUCAUGAAUACGUUCGGUCACUUGGUGCUAGCGUAGCCUUUGACUAUAGAUCGCCUACGUUAAUUGCUGAUCUUCUUCGCCAGUUGAAGGGCACAAAGCUGGUCGGAAUCUAUGAUGCUAUUGGCGAAGAGCAGAGCUUUACCCCACUCAAAGAAAUUGUACGACAAUUCGAUGGCACAGUCAAAAUUGUCAGUGUCUUGCCAUGCGCCAGCCAGACUGAUGGAUUCCGACCCAGUUUCGUUACGUCAUACGGUAUUGCCUACCCCCCAAACGAAAGAAUCGGCGAGGCUGUCUGGGGAAAUUUCGUAACCAAGGGCCUUGCAAGUGGGAAACUACAGCCUAAACCAGACCCGUUAGUAAUAGGGCAUGGAUUGGAAAUGAUACAGACUGGCGUGGACCUACAGAAGGCAGGUGUGUCUGCUAGGAAAAUUGUAGUAACUCUAUAGUCAGUCAAAUACUCUUGGGACCUAAUGUAGAGAAGAUUUUAGUAUGGCGCGAAGGUUGCUAGCGACGAUGGAGAAGCUUCUCUUGACCCUAUUUUUCAAAUCUCCUCUGAUACCAAUAUUGAAAUUGAAAUUAAUUUGACCCAGACAGGACUAAAGAGUCAUCACUUGCGGCCUUGUUGGAUAGCACGGUAGCA